UCAAUUUAAGUACGUUAAAAAUGACUCCGUGCGAAUUACGGUAGUGUGUAAGUUUGCGGCUUCAACAGAUUGUCCGUGGUCAGUUCAUGCGAGGAUGUUACCGUCAAGUGGGGUGUUAUGUGUUAAGAGGUUUGAUAGUGUGCAUACUUGUGGGGCUGCUGUACGUACUUCUAGGAACCCUCGUACGGGGUCUGAUUUGGUGUCUACAGUUGUUGCAGAUCGACUGCGUGAUAAGCCAUUGACGCGCCCCACUGAUGUCGUGUUUGAUUUGAAGAACGAUUAUGGUUUGGAUAUUAGCUACCGGGUGGCAUGGUUGGGUGUUGAGAAAGCUAGGGGCGAGGUGUACGGGGAUCACGCUACGUCCUUUGAUCAGCUGAGGUGGUAUAGCAAUUCUGUUAUGCAAAAAAACCCAAAUAGUUACAUUAAUCUUGAGUUUGACCCAAAAACCGGGAGCUUUGUUAGGUAUUUCAUAUCAUUUCGCGCUUGUAUAGAUGGGUUCAAACACUGCCGGCCUAUGCUUUUUUUGGAUGGAACGUUUUUGAAAGGUAGAUUUAAAGGCAAUUUGCUCGCAGCUACUGCUAAAGACGCCAAUCAAGGAUUGUUUCCGGUAGCCUUUGCUAUUGUUGAUUCCGAGAAUUCAGCUAAUUGGGAAUGGUUCCUUCAUAAUUUGAAAGAAGUUGUUGGGGGUGGGCGAACAUUGACUUUCAUAUCUGACCGCCAUGUCGGAUUAUUACACUCUAUGCCCAUUAUUUUCCCUUCAGCGCAUCAUGCAUAUUGUUUGUUGCAUCUCCAAAUGAACUUGCGGGAUCGAAUGAAAUAUGUUAAUGCAUCGCACAAAAUUGGGUUGAUGCGGAAGUUACGGGAAUGUGCAUAUGCGCCCACUGUUGCUUGUUUCAAUGAGAAAUUAGAGGUAUUGAAGAAGGCCAACCCAGCUGUGAUUGAAGAUUUUAUGAAAGACCUGCACCCCAAACACUGGUCUAAUGCGUAUUUCAGGGGCCAACGGUAUGGGGAGAUGUGCUCAAAUGCUGCGGAAUCUUUCAACAAUUGGGUUGGUGAGGCUCGUCAUCUCCCUAUCACGAGAUUGGUCGAUAUGAUAAGGGGUCAAAUAAUGGAGCAGAUGUCGGAGCGCAGAGUUAAAUGCAGUAAAUGGGACGGUGUGAUAUCCCCGAAAAUGGAGAAAAAAUUAGUGGCAGCGUAUAACGACAGCAGGGCUUGGUGUGUGAGCCAGGCUAAUGAUGAUGUCUAUAAGGUCCACUCCUACCCAUCGGUGUUGGUUGAUGUCGGCAAGCUGACAUGUUCUUGUUUUCAGUGGCAGAUCAACGGGUUCCCAUGUUCCCAUGUUGUCGUUGCAUUCCGUAAUAGUGGGAGAAACAUCUACGAUGCCAUAGACUCCGCAUUUUGCAUUGAUACAUUUCGAGCUACUUAUAGCGGAACCAUAUACCCCAUCCCAACAGUGGGGAGGCCACUGUUUAACCCAGCUGAAUGUUUGAUAGCUCCGCCGACGGCCAAGCGUCCCCCCGGUCGGCCAAAACGGAAGAGAAUUCCGUCCAAGGGGGAGGUAGUGCAACGUAUACGUUGUGGUCGUUGCGGAAAAGUGGGCAAUCACAAUAGGAAGACAUGCAAAGAGCCAUUACAGUUGGGCUGCCAUAUGAUUUAAUUUGGUUGUUAAGAAACUGGGUUAUUUGGUUUUUUUAAAAAAAUUCCUUUUUUUUUUACAUCAGUCAUUCACUUUCUGUUAUUGGUUUAAUUU